AUGGCUGUGCAGCGAUUCCAUUCUGCAGUACCAAAGUGUCUCGUCUAUUUUUUUCGCUGGCUUGAAUCCAAUUUGCUGUUGAUUGCGGUCUACUCAAUCCAUCAGACCACUUGGGUGUCUGUCAUACCUAGUGAGUUGCGUACCGAAAGAGGGGAAAUACCUAGAGGGCACAUUGUCGUCGUCCCAGUGAGCGCUGCAGACCCACAUCACAUCAUAUCACGCGCGUCUAUUUUCUUCUGGGAGGAGGAGGAGGAGGAGCAGUCCAUGCAUGUCAGCAAGGUUUCUAGAAGAAAAAAAGCCAACGUCCUACAGUACGAGUGA